CGGUAAGCAAAGGGACCGGCCUGGUUUUGAUAUUAAAGAUGUCGCCUUCUUCGUCUUUUGGGGUCUGGAAAUGUUUUCUAUCAUUAUCCAACAUUUUCUCAAAUUAUAUCUUAUUCUUGGGAUAUUCUCAAGACUUUUCUUGUGUUGACAUAUAUUUUGACCCUUGAGGUGUUAUUCGCAGCUUGAAGCGUGCCGAUUUCUUUACUUUCUCUCUCUAGUCUUCUUUCCCUUUCAAAUCUUGUACAACCCUUGAGGUAUUUUUUUCUUUGCUUCCAUUCCUGAAAAAGAAGAUUCAUCACCAUCACCAUGGACGGGGCGUACUCUUUCAAGCCAGGAGGUCCACGACCUGGAGCCCGGCCUCUUUCUAGGGUGCUUCGCGUUAUCACCGUGCUUUUCACCAUCUUUACAUUCCUCGCCGUUUUGUUGAUCUUUAUAUCAGGAGUUUCUACCCGUGAGGAAAACAACAAGAUCUUGAUCAACAUGUCUGAGCUCUCUCUGGUAGAGUUCAGCGGCAUUAUCCCCAAGAACGGCGGGAACGGCACCGAUGCUUAUCAGGUCAAGAUGUACCACUUCCUAGCCGGCUUUGGCUGGGAGUAUGCAAACGCGACCAAGAAGGAACAAACUGGUGGCUUGAUCUACACCGGCGCCGACAACCUCAAGGUACCCGAGGAUUUCCGCAGAGUCGCUGAGAAGCUCGACCUGCCCAAGUCGGACUAUCAAUGCCUCGGCCGUAGCACCGUGGACUGCACCAACCCCUUCUUCCAGCCGUGGAAGUUCAAGAGCGGCAACGACGAGUACUCGACCACGGUGCACUGGAUCUUUUGCUUCAUGGUCUUCCUGACCAUCUUCAUCACCCUCGUCAAGGAGCUCUUCAUCAGCUGUGCCAAGAGCACCAUGGGCUGCCACUGUCCCUUUGGCAAGUCGCUCUGCCCGGCCCCCAAGUGCUCCCGCGAUCGCCUCAAGUACCUGGCCCCCUCGGUUUGGGACAGCUACCGAUGCUACUGGUACACCUUCUCGGCCAGCAUGACCAUCGCCUGCGCCACCACUUUGACCGUUCGCUCCCACUUCCUGGCCAAGGAUCUCAGGGACCGCAAGAUCGCCUCUGCUCAGAUCGGCCGCGGUUUUCUAAUCAUCAUGUGGGGAGCCGCCAUCGUCAUGACCGUUGGCGCGCUGCUCAUGUACAUCAGCAGGGCCCUCAACAGGCGUUCCGAGCGCGGCCUGACUUUCCCCUCUCCAGAAAAGAGCCCUGCCUUUGUCCCCGUCACGCAAUUCCAGCCCACCCAUGGCUACCCGCCGCAGCCACAGGUCUUCAACCAGGCCCAGCCCGUCCAGCAGCCGGUGUACAGCCAUCAGCCCCAGUGGAAGCAGACGUCGCAUGUGAAUGUUCAUUAGGCGUCACACGGUACCUGCAAGAGUCAAACUGUGCUCGGUUGACGUGUUGUUCAAGAUAUGUACGCAUAUCGAGGAGAGCUCCGACUUUGCAGAGGUUUGAAUGGCUCUAGCAUCAUUCUGCAAAGAUACAGCAAUCUUCAAAAAUUUCUCCUUCAUUCUUGGCCUGGUCAAGCGUUUCGUUGUUUUUGACGCAAAAAGUUUCGGGCAUGGGUUCAGGGUAGAUUCUUUUAUAUGGCGUCUCAGAAUGUUCAUUUGAUGAGCUUUGUGUUGUCGUUACAGUUUUGAUUCGGAUGGCGGUUCGCUAUCAUGCCCUAUACCCCCAAGUCGGUGUUCUCGUAUUUUAUAGCUUUAGUUGAACAGUUCACUUCGGUUUCAAUGCAUUGCUUUACUUUGACUGAAAUACGAUCAUCUCCGUUGUAAUGACCUACCAUUUACACCAUCGUUUUCAGUCUUGAGGCUUUCCUAAAUACGAAAGAGCUCCUUUAGGAACGGCGCAUAUAUUUGAGUAUCAUUUUUACUGGGGCUCUGGGGUGAUUUGCUAUAGAGCUUAUGUAAAUCUUCUUCCUUCCAUCUUUACAUAGCAGAGCAAUCCUACCUCCCCG